CUUUUUGCAGGAGAAGAAAACGCAACACUGGGUUUUGCCGGGAAGGGAGAUAACUCAUAUGAGUAUAAACAAAAAUGGCAGAUCAUGUACACAAACUUUUUAUCAGUUUAUGUUUACUUGUGAUAUACAAACAAUUUUGUGUUGACAGUUUAAGAUAUGGACUUAAAGCAAACACUCUUCACAUUCCAGUGCAGAAAUUGGAAAAUCAGUUUGGUGAAAGGACCAGAAUUAUUGAAGCUGAUCUUUCAAAAAUUUUGACUAAAAAAGAGAGUUCAACAUGGAACCAUCGUUUAUUUCGUCGGUCAACAACUAAGCAUACAAUUGCAGCAAAUUUCAGUACAGUUACACAACUAAAUGACAGCCACACACAGAUGAUAGUGCAUUGGGCAGGCCUUGGAAGUGAUGUCAUAAUUGCCCUGUCACGUGAUCCUCGAAGCAAUUCAAAAAGUAGUAGUAACUUAUUUGUAUCAAAUGAUUACGGGAAAAGCUUUGUAAACGUGACGGGAAAUUUAGUAAUACCAACUGGAGAGAAAGUUAUCAUAGAUCAUUAUUUCAACAGUAAAACCCUAAAUUCACACUACAUAUUUACAGAUAUAAUCAACAAUUAUACAUUCACAACAAAAGAUUAUGGGAAAACCUUCAGAACAUUGUCUGUUCCCUUCAGACCUAAGACAAUACAGAUACACCCCUCUAAUCCUAAUGUUGUCCUGGGAAUGGAUGAAGAAGAACCUAGAAAAAGGCUGUAUGUGUCAUCAAAUUUUGGCUAUAACUGGAGGAUGAUGCAGGAAGGAGUCAAAGCUUUCCAUUGGGGUAAUAAAGAGUAUGACAAACCAAAUGAUAUCUAUGUUGAGAGAGUACAGAUGGAUGGAGGAAGCUCAAUAGUUAAAAGUUCUGACUUCUUCGUCCAAGAUGCUAAGCCUUUGAUGAUGGAUGUUGAAGAUUUCCAGAUAAUAGGACAAUAUAUGUUUGCUGUAAAAAAAGUUAGAUUAUUAGGAGGUAGUGGGAAUACUCUACAGUUAUGGGUAUCCUACAAAAGAGGGAAGUUUGUGAAUGCACAGUUUGGAAACAGAUAUUCAAGGCUGGAUUAUUUUGUUGCUGAUGCCACUGAGGACCAAGUGUUUUUGUGUGUGCAACACAACCAGACCAGUACCAACCUGUAUAUCUCUGAUGUAACAGGCUCUCAAUAUUCAUUAUCCUUGGAAAAUAUCAUUUACUAUAACCCUAAAGGAGCAAACAAGGGUUCUUGGCUCAGAUAUUUUGCUAAAGACCCAUUUGUUGAUUUGACUAAGGUUUCCGCCUUGAGAGGAGUUUAUAUUGCUAACAUUCAGACUAAUACCUCUGUACUUACUAUCGAGGGUCAAAAGUCAUUGAUAACCUUUGAUAAAGGUGGAACUUGGGUACCACUGACAGCACCAUUAGAAGAUUCUCAAGGUCAUCCUUCUAAUUGUUCAAAGCAAAAUAAAAACAAAAAGAUGUACAAGUUUCAGAACUGUUCACUCCAUCUGACUCAGGAAUUCAGUCGACUAUAUCCAGGAAGUCGUGCCUCUAACAUCAUGUCCAAGACAUCUGCUCCAGGCCUUGUCGUUGGUAUGGGGGUUAUUGGUACUAACCUCAAACAUGAUCCUGAUAUGUUUUUAUCUUCCAAUGCUGGAUACACUUGGCGACAGGUUUUAGAAGGUAACCAGUAUUAUGCUAUGGGUGAUCAUGGAGGACUCAUCAUAUCUGUUCCACAGUUCAGAACCACAGACGAGUUGUUUUACUCUUGGAAUGAAGGAGAAACGUGGGUAACCUAUAAGUUCCACACAGAGAAGAUUCGUGUGUAUGGUAUCCUCACAGAACCUGGAGAGAUGACAUCUGUCUUCACAUUAUUUGGUUCACAUCUAGAGAGACAUCGCUGGCUCAUCAUACAGAUAGACUUACGUACAAUAUUCCCCUUUCAAUGUAAAGAAGACGAUUACAAGAUGUGGUCUUUCCCUGAUCAGAAGCCAUAUUUUGGUUGCAUUCUGGGUAAAAAGACAGUUUAUGAAAGACGUAUAUCUCAUGCAGAUUGUUAUAAUGGACGAGAUUAUGACAGAGAAGUGGUAGAAAAGAAUUGUUCCUGUUCCAGAGAAGAUUAUGAAUGUGAUGUUGGCUUUGCAUUAACUGAGAGUUCAUGGGGUAUAACUGAAACUUGUGAAGAAGAUCGUAACAGUACCAUAGAUCUUCACCAUCCUCCUGUUCCCUGCCCUGAAGGAACUUUUUAUCCUUACAGUAGAGGAUACCGUAAGAUCUCUGGUGAUACCUGUCAUGGUGGACUAGAGUAUAGAUACGAUCCCUACAUGCUGUCAUGUCCUGUAGCAGAAUCAAAAGAAUUCCUGUUGUAUUCAUCCCGACACUUUAUAAAGAGAUAUGUUUUUGGACAAGACAGAGAUGAAAAUAUUAUGGAUGUAAACAAAAUUGGUUUAAGAGGCAACAUCUAUGCUAUAGCCUUUAAUUACGGAGAAAAUAUUGUUUACUGGUCAGAGGGACAACCUAAUAAAAUCAUGAAAAUGAGCUUAAGUGGUACUGGUAACAUGUCUAUAGUUGCUAGUGGGCGUGGCAUGUCAACAGUAGAGGCCUUGCAAUUUGAUUGGACUGGUGGCAAUCUGUACUGGAUUGAUUCAGUAAAUAAAUCAAUUGAAGUGGCAAGGAAGAAUGGACAGUUUAGACGAAGACUUGUAGAUCACACACAUCUUGACAGACCAAGAGGUCUAGUUCUUGACCCACAUUUUGGCUGGAUGUAUUGGACAGAUUGGUCUCGAGAAAAUCCAAGGAUCAUGAAGGCUUCAAUGGAUGGAAACAAAACUACAAUAAAGGCCAUCGUUACUGGCACAUCCAAUGUUUUUUGGCCAAAUGGUAUUACUAUAGAUCACAGAGAGAUGAAGAUUUACUGGACUGAUGCCCAUCUCGACAGAAUUUCAUCGGCUAACUUGGAUGGCAGUGAAAUUAAAUGGUUGGUUCAUGGGACUUCUUUAGUACCACACCCAUAUGCCAUUGGUAUUUAUAAAGACAAGAUAUACUGGAGUGAUUGGUUGAAAAAAGCCAUAUAUUCUGCUAACAAGCUGACUGGACGUGGUAUUAUGGCAGUCAAGGUUGAUAUUGACGAUGUGAUGGACCUAAAAAUAUUAGAUUAUUUGUCACAGCAUGAUUCAACUGCAUGCAGUAAAUCAAAUGGUGGGUGUUCACAGUUAUGUCUGCCAAAGCCAGGACUGAAAAAUGCUAAUAAUAGGACAUGUAAAUGUGACGAGCUGAUGCCAAAACUUAUCAUCUCUCCUGACGGAAGUGACGAGAAAUGUACCUGUCCUCCAGGAGAAGAAUUAGAGAAUAGCACCUGCAUACACUCUGAUAAAGGUAAUUGUACAGCUGGAAGGUUCCAGUGCAAAAAUGGAGACUGUAUUCCCUCCACCUGGUUCUGUGACCGUGACAAUGACUGUUCUGAUGGCAGUGAUGAAAUGGAUUGUCCGUAUAAAACUUGUACCGCUGGGAACUUUCAGUGUAGCACUGGCCACUGUAUACCAAUGAAGUGGCAUUGUGAUUUUGAUAAUGAUUGUGGUGACAUGUCUGAUGAAGAUGGCUGUGUUUACAGUAAUUGUACAGCAGAUCAAUUUCAUUGUGAUAAUGGGAGAUGUAUCAACAGUAAUUGGACAUGUGACUUUGAUGAUGACUGUCGAGAUGGGUCAGAUGAAAGGGACUGUCAAAUUACCGAUCCUUGUACUGAUGAUGAGUUUCAUUGUUUGGCACACCAGCCUAAGUGUAUCCCCUGGGCCCAGAGAUGUGAUGGACACAACGAUUGUACAGACAGGUCAGACGAAGCUAACUGUACGUCCACCACCUGUACACCGUACCAGUUCAGAUGUGACGAUGGCCAGUGUAUAUAUGCCACAUGGCAGUGUGACGGGGGUAGAGAUUGCCAUAAUGGUGAAGAUGAAUUGAACUGUAAUGCAACUACAGUUCCACCUACGACAUCAACAACACCAAGAACUCCAGGUUCUCGUUGUCAUUUCUGGCAGUUUGAAUGUAACAAUCGUAAUUGUGUUUGGUGGUCCAAUAGGUGUGAUCAUGUAAAUGAUUGUGGUGAUCAUAGUGACGAACUUAACUGUGGAUUCAGUACUACUGCUUCCCCAUUAUGUGCUAGUUACCAGUUCAGAUGUAAUAGUGGCCAAUGUAUACAGAAAAAUCAAAAGUGUAAUGGUUAUGCUGACUGUUUCGACUCAAGUGAUGAAAUUAACUGUCGUACUUGUCGUGAAUCUCAGUUUCAGUGUAAAGAUAAUUCGUGUAUUGACAUAGGGGCUAUAUGUGAUGAUUACCCCGACUGUGAGGGUGGAGAAGAUGAACUCAAUUGUACAGGGCAUGCAACAUGCUCCAGUCUUCAGUUCAGAUGUUCUAAUGGGGAAUGUAUUGACAACAAGCUUUUAUGUAAUGGAGAAAAUGACUGUAUUGACCACAGCGAUGAACAGGUUGUAGAGUGUUCCUCUGCCUCAGGCAACACAACAGUCUGUGACCCAGUUAAAUACUACCAGUGUAAAUACAGCAGUUCAUGUGUACGUUGGCUGAAUGUAUGUGAUGGGCCAUACAAUUGUCCAAACAAUGAGGAUGAAUACAACUGUGGAAAUCGGUCCUUCGCACCACAGGUUAGAUUGAUACAGGCCUCAGGACAUAACUUGACCAUAAGCUGGGCAGCAGACGCGACAACAAAUCCAUCUACUUAUAUUGUAUCUUAUAUGGAUCUAAGGACUUCAACGUCAACAAAUGUUACAAAAUGUGCAAAUGCGAAUUUUUGUAUCAUAACAGGCUUAAAACCCAUGACCCAAUAUUUUGUCACAGUGUUUGUGGUUAGUAAUAAAAACAUACAGAGACCACAUAGAAUAUCAAGGUUUUCUACAACUGAAGCAGUUCCAGAUCCACCGUCACAUGUUAAAGCCUUUAUAGACAGUGAAGAAACAACAGAUAUUAAUAGUCCUAUCAGUGUUAAUUGGACAGCUCCAAGUAACAGAAGUGGUACAAUACUUGAUUAUAUAAUUUAUUGUCAGGAUACAAAAACAAAAGCAAUAACCAAGAGACCUGUAAUUUUUACCACAGGAUAUAUUACACCAUUAAAUGUUGUAUAUGGACACACAUAUCAUGUUUGGGUGACUGCCGCCACUGUUGUCGGAGAAAGUCUACCAUCUCAUAUUGCUGAUGUUACAUACCACUCAGAUAGAAUAAAAAACCAGGUGACAAACUUUGCCGUUAAAUAUUACAACAUCUCCUGUGUUAGCUUAAGUUGGAGUUUGCUGCCUAUGGAAAAGAAAGUAAAGAAUUAUAUUGUAACAUUUAAAGACAGCUGGGGACAAGACCAGAUUAUUACUAAAGGAGAAAAGGACCAAACUUGUCAAGUUUGUAAUCUAUGUCCGUCAGAGACCUACUUUUUCUCCAUAAGUGCCAGUAACAAUCUUGGUGAAGGACCAACAGCCAGUGCAAUAUACGUUCCAUCUAAAAGAACAUUUUCCUAUCUGCCCUCAUGGGAUGAAGCAAUUUUCCAGUCAUCGGAUAAUGGUGUUUAUAAAAUAAAAUGGAACCCACCACAACAUGUUGAUAAAAACAUGACACUGUCCUAUACACUUUUCUAUGACUACAAUCCACAAGAUAUGGAUGGAGACAACUACGUUACAAAGGCUUUAAGUAAAACUGUUACGGGUCAGGCUUUUACUGUUGUACACAAUCUACGAGCAUGUGAAUCUUAUUCAUUCCUAGUGGCUGUUUCCAAACCUGGACGUUGUCCACCAUCCAGAGAACGAAAAACAAUGCAGACAGGAGAAGAUGAUACUGCCCAACCAGAGAAUAUAGAACCUGUAUUUGACAAGAACAACCCUACAUCAUUAGACAUAUCGUGGAAUGCUGGAUGUUAUGAUCCUAGUGCACCAUUGGGUUAUAUUGUAAACUUGACAGAAGUCAAAACAAGAAGAAGUAGUAUCAAGCAAACACUUCCCACUAAAAACAGUACAGUGUAUUACAGCUUUAAAUCUGGCCUAAUGAGAGGAGCUACUUAUAUACUUAGUAUAAAGAACGAUUUGUCCAAAGCCCGCUGGUCAGAACCACUCACUAUAACAGUGUUGCCUUAUGGAGCACCUGAGGAGUUUAAAGAAAUACUAGAAAAGGAUGACAAGAUUAACCUAUUCUGGAAACCUCCAAGUGGAGCAGUUGGACAUAUUCAGAAAUAUGAGUUAUAUUGGAAGAGACUGGGAUCUGUUAAGGACGACAAUAAAUUUGAAUUCUAUAAAGAUAUUAGUAAAGACCAGCUAUGGUAUGAAGUUGAUACAGACCAAGGAGUUGAAUACUCCUUCAAACUUCGUAUAAUAGAUGACAAUGGCUAUCCAGGAGAAUUUGCAGAGGAGCCUUUCAUAGACGCAAAUGUACCUGAUGCACAGGCCCAGACAGACAUCAAGAUAUCUAGGACCAGGAUGAUUGCCAUCAUUGUUUCUGUGACUGGAGUUGUCAUAACAUUGGUGCUGGUCUUGGGUUUCUUCAUUAUCAGACACAGAAGACUUCAGAGGAGUUUCUUGGCAUUUGCUAACAGUCAUUAUGAUACAAGAUCUGGGACUACAACAUUUGAAAGUAAUGAAUUGGGUGAAGAUGAAGAUUCUCCAAUGAUCCAAGGAUUUUCUGAUGAUGAACCUCUUGUUAUUGCUUGAAACGUUGUUGUUAUGGAAACAUAAAAUCCAUUAUUUGUGUUAACAUAUGCAUCAUAUCAUGAUUUUAUUUUUGCAUAAUACUAAUUGACAUAUUUGUCACUAAAUGUGGUAAAGCUAUUCUGUAUGAAGAUUUAUGACAAUGUAAUAGAUGUUAUGACAAUGUCAAAGAUGUUAUGACAGUGUCAUUGAUGUUAUGACAAUGUAAUAUAUGUAACAAUGACAGUAUCCAUGAUAUAUACUCUGCCUUUUCAUGAUUUAAAUUUAUAAUUUAUUGAUAUAUUGUUAGUGGUUGUGAGUUUAUCAGUCAGUAUAAUAUUUUAUUUAUACAAUGCUGUUGGUCACUGUCAGAAUUUCCAAUCAUAUUUUGUGUGAUAUAAAAAGUUCCACCACAUAAGUACUCUUUUAAUUGGUAAAACCUAAAGGAGAAUUGUAACUAUUUUUGGCCUGAUAUUUUUUCAGGAAGCAUAGAAAUUAAGAAAAAAAACAUUGAAGCAAUCUUGGACCAAAAAUAUUUUUUAUCUGACGUUUAAUGUUAGAUUGUCAAAUAAUUGAAGUUGGUGCAUGAUUUAGUAAUGAAAUAAAGGGAAAUCUUUAUACAGAAUAGCUAAUUAUAUUAUACUAUAAUAUUCCAUUAAUGUAACCAAAGAUCUUUCAAUGUUUGAUUUGUGUUGUAUCUUUGGAUUGUUGGGGGUUAAUACAAGAUCUGAUUAAGAACUAAAUUCUAUAGUUUUCAGUUUCUAUUUCUUUUAAAAUGGGGUGCAUGAGGCAGAUAUUAAAUUGUAUUUUCUCAACUGAUUUCUUUUAGUCUUUUGCUUCAGCAUUUAUUGUCACUUUAGUAAUAGAAUCUCCAGAUUAUUUUAUUUUUUAAAGAAAUUACCCCUUAGUAAUAGAAAUUUUAAAAAAAAUCUCAGACAAAAAUCUCAGUAAGUAUUUAAUUGAAAAUCGUGUCUCUGUUUAUAAGCUGCCCAGAAAUGUAAGCAUACAGUUAUGUGCUAAGCUGGUUACAUUAAUAUCAAUUAUCUGUUUAUUAUUUUCUGUACUAUUGUAUAUUGUGCUUCUAAAUUUGUUAUUUUAUUCCCUAAUUUUAUUGACACAUUUUUGUGGUUUUUGAAUUGUUUUGUAUAUUAUUGAUGAUAAGAUAUUUAUAUACUUUGUUCACACUGAUACUAAUACUUUUUUAAUCUCACUGACAUACUGACAAAUGGAAUCCUCAUAAGUAUACAGCUGAUCAUAUUUUUGUAAAUAUAUAUAUAUUUAUCUUUCAAAAUAAUGAUCUGAACAUGAUAGUAAAGGGACCAAAUAUUUCGAUAGAUGGUUAAGAGCCUCCUCAUGGGGUUUUUGAUUCUGUGUUUACCUCCCCUUUUUAGGUGAUUAUCUGAAUACCAGACCAAAUAUUUUAUAAUUGUUUGAAAAUCUAGGACUGUAUUUUUGAUUAUUUAUCUAUAUCCAAAUUUAUAUUGGCUAAAAAAAUUGUGAUAAUGUGAUCACUUGGACACCCUCAUGAGGAGCUUGUAUUAGGUUUAUACUUACCACAUUAAGUAUGAGCUUUGAACUGGGGACAGGACACUAGAUUGACAAUUUAUUUUUAAAUUGUCAAAAAUAAAUUUUCAAACAGUUUCAUCCAAAAGAUUUGUUGUCUAUCUGUAGCAAUAAUAUAUUUGUGAAUAAUACCAUCUAAUAAAGUGAAGAAAGUCCUAGAUCUGAUGUGUUUAAAUUGACUUUACAUUAAUCCAUUCCAGUGCACAUUAUAUCAUACAGUUAUAUAAAUUCCUUUGACUAUGUGAUUUGUAUUCAAAAUGUAUUUUCCCUAUAGAGCAAUAAUUAUGUUCGUGAGAAUUGCUGACAAUGCAGGUUUUAGAUUUGUUACAGACAUGUACAGCCAAUUUUUGUGUAUGUGACAUAAAUGUGUAUUGCAACAUCUUUCUUCUAAAUUAAAUUUUUUUGUCAUCUGAACUGCUUUUUGUGGAAAUGUUGGAUAUAAGGAACAUUUUAUUUGAUGUAAAUAUUUUAUCUGUAUAUUGAAAGAGUUGUGUAUAUACUGUUAUAUGAAGACUUUAAUUUGUUUUUACAUGUAGAGGUAUACAUUUUUUUUUGUCUUGAAGAAAUUCCAGAAUUGGACUUUAUUUUGUAUAUAUUUGGACACAUUUGAACUUCUUGGAUGAAAUUGUUAAGUGCUGGUAACUCAACAUUAAAAAUAAUAACUGUUGAACAGAUAUUCUCAUGUUUAUCUAAUGCAAAAAAGAAAGAAAGGAGAAAAGAUUAUGCUGUCAAAAAUAAACAAAUAAUUAUUUGAAAAUAAUAAUAACUCCACACACGUUCUUUUGUGUUAGAUCUGAUUGACACAUUUUUGGUAUUUUUUUCAAAUUAUAAUUCUAUUUAAGUGGAAAAGCUUUAAUGGUCUUAGUGGAAGUUUUGUUAUGAAAUUUGUCGUUGUUAUUCUGCAGUUGGUUGUGAAUACUCCAUAACUAUUUAUCAAUAUAACAGCUAUAAAUAGAAAUAUUGUAAAAAAAAAUGUAUGAUCAACAUAAUCAGAAAUUGUACACCUUAGUGAAAUGAUUCAAAUGAACCUACAACUGAUUAUUUGAAAAAAAUAUUCACAUAUUUAGAUAAUUGGUAUUUAUACAUUAUAAAACUAUGCCAGGA